AGCGAGACGAAGUCCUCCACCUCUGCCCACGCUCGCCCUCUCGCUUUCGAUCGAAACUCCAAAUCCAUGCGUUCACAAACCCUAGUUUCCCCAAUUCUCGUGUUCCCGCCGUGAAAUCCCUGGUUCUCACGGUCAGAUCCGUCUACGAAUUGCUCUGGUCGUCGUUUCAAGCUCCGAUUUGACCCCUGAUUCGCUGGUUUGGUGGGGUUUCCGAAGGAUGUCGUCGUUGAGCCGGGAGUUGGUGUUUCUGAUCCUCCAGUUCCUUGAGGAGGAGAAGUUCAAGGAGUCUGUUCAUAAAUUGGAGCAGGAAUCGGGGUUUUAUUUCAAUAUGAAAUACUUCGAGGAGAAGGCGCUGGCGGGGGAGUGGGACGAAGUGGAGAGAUAUCUCUCUGGGUUCACGAAGGUCGAUGAUAAUAGAUAUUCGAUGAAGAUAUUUUUUGAGAUAAGAAAACAGAAGUAUCUUGAAGCGCUUGAUAGGCAUGAUAGGGCGAAGGCGGUUGAGAUAUUGGUGAAGGAUUUAAAGGUUUUUUCAACGUUUAAUGAGGAGUUGUAUAAGGAGAUCACCCAGCUUCUCACACUUGAUAAUUUUCGGGAAAAUGAACAGUUGUCUAAGUAUGGUGACACUAAAUCAGCUCGUAGCAUCAUGCUUAUUGAGCUUAAGAAGCUCAUAGAAGCAAAUCCACUAUUUCGAGACAAGCUAGUGUUCCCCACUCUCAGAGCUUCACGGUUGAGAACUCUAAUUAAUCAGAGCUUGAAUUGGCAACAUCAGCUUUGUAAGAACCCAAGGCCGAACCCUGACAUCAAGACCUUAUUUACAGACCAUACUUGCGCCCCUCCAAAUGGAGCUCGUGCACCAUCAGUCUCUGUUCCUCUUGCUGCGGUUCCGAAGCCUGCAACAUUUACUCCACUUGGAGCUCAUGGGUCAUUCCCACCUGCAGCAGCGGCAGCAAAUGCAAAUGCUUUAGCUGGCUGGAUGGCUAAUGCAGCUGCUUCAUCAUCUGUUCAAUCUGCUGUUGUUUCUGCAUCACCCAUACCUUUUCCUUCCAAUCAAGCUUCUCUUGUGAAACGCCCAAGAACUCCUCCAAAUGCUCUCAAUAUGACAGACUAUCAGAAUGCUGAAUCUGAACAACUUGUGAAACGCAUACGGCCUAUUACACAUCAGCCUGAUGAGGUUGCAUAUCCUGCUCCUGGGCCCCAAGGUGCAUGGUCACUGGAUGACCUACCGAGAACAGUAGCAUGCGCUAUGAAUCAGGGAUCAAGUGUGACUAGCAUGGACUUCCAUCCUUCUCAUCAUACACUUCUUCUUGUGGGUACAACGAAUGGUGAAAUCACUCUCUGGGAGGUCGGUUUAAGAGAGAGAUUGGUUUCAAAGGCAUUUAAGAUAUGGGAAAUGACAACUUGUUCUUCACAAUUUCAGGCUGCUAUUGUGAAAGAUUCUUCAGUAUCGAUUACUCGAGUUUCAUGGAGUCCUGAUGGAAGUUUGAUAGGGGUUGCAUUUUCAAAGCACUUGAUUCACCUUUAUGCCUAUCAAGCACCGAAUGAUCUUCGCCAAUUUAGGGAGAUUGAAGCUCACAUUGGUGGAGUAAAUGACAUAGCAUUCUCUUAUCCAACCACCAAACAAUUGUGUGUGGUAACUUGUGGGGAGGACAAGCUGAUAAAGGUGUGGGAUUUGAAUGGUCAGAAACUUUUUAACUUUGAAGGACAUGAGGCACCUGUUUAUUCUAUUCGUCCCCACUAUAAGGAAAAUAUUCAGUUUGUCUUCUCAACUGCACUUGAUGGGAAAAUCAAGGCAUGGCUGUAUGAUAACAAUGGUUCUAGAGUUGACUAUGAUGCCCCUGGGCAUUGGUGCACAACAAUGUUAUAUAGCAGUGAUGGGAGCAGGUUGUUUUCAUGCGGGACUAGCAAAGAUGGAGACUCUUUCCUUGUUGAAUGGAAUGAAAGUGAAGGCGCAAUAAAGAGAAAAUAUUCUGGCUUCCGUAAGAAGUCAACUGGUGUUGUUCAGUUUGACACCACACAGAAUCAUUUCCUGGCUGCUGGUGAAGAAAAUCAGAUAAAGUUUUGGAAUGUGGAUAACCCGGCUAUGCUUGCAAGCACAGAUGCUGAGGGAGGACUUCCGAAUCUUCCCCGAUUGAGAUUUAACAAAGAAGGGAAUCUUCUUGCUGUCACAACAGUGGACAAUGGUUUCAAAAUACUUGCUAAUGCAGAAGGCCUUAGAUUACUGCAACCUUUUGGAAGUCGACCCUUUGAAGCAAUGAGGGGUCAAUUUGAGGCUUCCCCUAUUAAGGUUUCGGCUGCUCCAAUUGUUGCAAGCAUCUCCGCAAACAUCAGUAAGGUGGAUCACUUGGACAGAAGCUCUCCUGCGAAGCCAUCUCCUAUUCUUAAUGGAGCUGAUCCUUCCAGGAACAUCGAGAAGCCAAGAAUUUCAGAGGAUUUGCCUGAUAAAACCCAGCCCUGGGAAUUGUCUGAAAUUGUGGAUCCUCCUCAAUGUCGUGUUGUUACUCUGCCGGAAAAUGCAGAUGCUCCAACCAAGGUCACAAGACUUCUUUACACAAAUUCAGGUACUGGUUUAUUAGCUCUAGGAUCCAAUGCUAUUCAGAGAUUGUGGAAAUGGGCUCGCAAUGAACAGAACCCAAGUGGCAAGGCCACGGCUAGUGUUGCUCCCCAACAGUGGCAACCAAACAGUGGUCUUGUUAUGACCAAUGAUGCUUCGGAUACAAACCCUGAAGAAGCAGUUCCUUGCAUAGCACUUUCAAAGAAUGAUUCGUAUGUGAUGUCUGCUUGCGGAGGGAAGGUUUCUUUGUUCAACAUGAUGACAUUCAAGGUGAUGACAACUUUCAUGGCACCACCUCCUGCUUCAACUUAUUUAGCCUUCCAUCCACUGGACAAUAACAUCAUCGCUAUUGGAAUGGAGGAUUCUACAAUCCGCAUUUAUAAUGUUCGGGUGGAUGAGGUGAAAACAAAAAUGAUUGGUCAUCAGAAGCGUAUAACUGGCUUAGCUUUCUCAAAUAAUCUCAACAUUUUAGUGUCUUCUGGUGCUGAUGCUCAGCUAUGUAUUUGGAACACUGAUUCCUGGGAGAAAAAGAAAUCCAUUUCAAUUCAAUUGCCUGCUGGGAAGGCUCCUGUUGGUGAUACUAGAGUUCAGUUUCAUUCUGAUUCAAUUCGGUUGUUAGUGGUCCAUGAAUCACAACUAGCAAUAUACGAUGCCUCUAAGGCGGAACGUAUUCGUCAGUGGGUUCCCCAAGGCAGUCUAGCUGCUCCAAUAUCACAUGCAGCAUUCUCAUGCAACAGCCAGCUGGUUUAUGCCGUCUUCUGUGAUGGCAACAUCGGAGUGUUCGAUGCUGACAACUUGAAAUUAAGAUGUCGAAUAGCACCAUCAGCCUACUUAUUUCCAGCAUCCACAAACAGCAACCCGGCAGUGUAUCCCUUGGUGAUCGCGGCACAUCCACAGGAAGCAAAUCAAUUUGCAGUUGGAUUAACAGAUGGAACAGUUAAAGUCAUUGAGCCUUUAGAAUCAGAAGGUAAAUGGGGGUUACUGCCUGCUGAUAAUGGGGUUGUAGUACAAAAUGUCCGGGCAACGGCAUCAUCAACAACAAGUAACUCAGCUGCAGACCAGCUCCAACGAUGAUAUCUUUUGUCUUGGUGUAAUGUAAUCAUGUGUUAUGUAUCUUUAUUUCUUAUGUUGUGUUAAUAUUAGGUCAUUUUAUCUUUUUCUUUGUUUCUUUAUUUACCUUAGUAAGUGCCUGCUGAAAGUAGUCAGUUAAAGAAGUAACCAAGGGAGUGUGAUAGAAGACUGAUAAUGAUAGUUUAUAUGUUAUGGAUAUGGUGUAAUUCUCAGUAAAUGUCUUUGUUGGUAUA